UAACGACGACUUCUGUUACAACUUCCCGCGAAUCAAGAACAGAUUUCGCCGCUCGUUCGCGAGCGACCCUGACGGCAAUCCUGCCGGUCAGGCGUUUCUCCGUGACGCGCUGUGCGGGGAGGUGCUCCUGAAGCGCGGCGCGCGCCUGUUCCCCAUGGGCGCGCCUAUGUCCCAGCCCGUGUCCGUAAUGCUGCGCGACCCAGUUCCCCCGCUCCCCCUGGCGGACGAGUCCCGCCUCUCCCUCUGCCUGCGCCGCGCGCUGCUCCCCCCGCUCCCCUUCUUCGUCCCCCUCGUGGCUCCGCCAACGGCUCUGGACCAGCAGCCUAAGAAGAAGGGCAAUAGGGGGACUAUGAUGCCCCCUGGAGGGGGCGGGAACGUGAUGACGCGGCAGUUCAACGAAGUGAUGAUUAAUCUGGGCGUGCAGCAGGUCAACCAGCAGAAAUUCGACGAGGCCAUCAACACCUUCACUCUGCUUCUAGACGAGCUGGGCAACAGUGCGCCAGCUCUCAUUGGUCGAGGCACCGCCUACGCGCUCUCGGGCAAGAUCAAAGAAGCCAUUGAGGAUUACUCUCUGGCGUGCGAGCUUGACCCCAAGAUGGUGGACGCCUGGCGCAGGAGGGCCCAGGCCCGAGCAGCCAUAGGGGAGGUGGACGGGGCCAUCGAGGAUUUUACCACGGCGCUUAGCCUGGAGAAGGGCCAGAUGGACCUGUUGAUGGAGCGAGGCAUGGUGUACGCCAGGGCACGGCGUUUCUACGAGGCAGCCAAGGACCUGAGGGCGGUGGUUGCCGUCAUGCCCAAGGAGGAGCUGGCGCACGUUGCCUUGGCUGAGUCUCUGGUGGGGUUGGGCGAAACAGAGGAGGCGAUGGAGAUUUAUGAGAAGGUGGUGGAUGCAAACCCGGGCAACAGGAUGGCGUGGCUGUACAUGGGGCAGGCCGCCAAGGAGCUCGCCAUGCCUGACAGGGCCGAGCAGGCUUACAGGAAGGCCACGCAGCUGGAACCCAGGCAGCAAACCCGGGCAACAGGAUGGCAUGGCUGUACAGUGUACAUGGGGCAGGCGGCCAAGGAGCUCGCCAUGCCUGAGAGGGCUGAGCAGGCCUACAGGAAGGCCACGCAGCUGGAACCCAGGUUCGCCCAGGCGUACCGCGUGUGGGCGCUGCUCAAGCACGCCAUGGGCGACCACAAGCACGCACUAGAGCUGGUGCGUGUGGCAAUGCAGCUCGAGCCGGAGAACGUGGAGGGGCAUUACAUCAAGGGGUCGUGCCACCACGCCCUGGGGCAGCUGCAGGACGCCCCCUUGAAUGUGGAGGGGCAUUACAUCAAGGGGUCGUGCCACCACGCGCUGGGGCAGCUGCAGGACGCCUGUCUCGCCUUCCCUCCUUCCUCGCCCCCCCCCCACUCCUUCCUCUCACACCACCAGGUGGUGACAUACGAUGCUUUCCCACACUGCAAGCUGGUUACCACCCAAAUGAAGCGCCCCUCCCGCACUCUUUCCCGCCUCUCACACCACCAGGUGACGACAUACGAUGCUCUGUUGUCCAAGCCUACACGGCAGGAGGAGCAGCCCUUACUCUUCAUGGCAUUCUACCAGAGGGAGGUGGCGCAGUUCACAGCGUCUCGCCUCAAUAAGCCUCUCCGUGACUUUGACUUUGAAGACAACUUCGGACCCGAAUUCAAGCAAGCAUGGGCGCGUCGAUCCGUGCCCACCGACCUCUUCCCUGCCUACCGCCCGCAGCCAUACCGGGCGGCAUUUGACAACCAGUUGAAACCAGAGAGGCACAUGAGCGAGCAGGUGAAGCGGGGCAGGAAGGAGCUCGUCAAGGCUGCAGACACCGUUGGUGGUCGCACGCAGUACACUUCACCUGGCUUCCUGCCCAACCAGAGACAGCACCGCGCAGCAGGCAUGGCAGCACUGGAGAUGAUGCAGGCAGCACGCGCCACGUGGCGAGAGCAGGCAGCAGCAGCGAGCAAGCAGCAGGGCAAGGGCGGCAGCAGCAGCAAGGGGCGCGCCAGUAGCAGCAGGCGGAGCGACCAUUAUGACGAUUAUGACGACGAUGAGGAGGAGGAUGAGGAUGAGGACGAGGAUGAGGCGGGGGUGACGGUGGGAGGGUGGAGGGACCUGUACUCCAUUGCUGUGCGCUGGCGCCUGCUGUCGGAGCCCUGUGACCCCAUCGUGUGGGUCGACCAGCUCACCCAGGAGGAGUUUGAGAAGGGCUUUGGUGCUGUGACAGCAAUGGUACAGGGGCACUCCAAGAACCUCCGCUACUAUGCCAACUAUGACAGGGCCUUCGCACUGAUCAGGGAUGAGAUGUUAGAGCAGGGAGCAGUUGAAAUCGGCGACCUGACACAGAAAUACGAGAUCCCUGUUGAGAUGGAUGCUGAGGUUGAAGCCGCGGAGACACCAGAGGAGCUGUGGAACGUGGUGGGGCAGAACUUCCUCAUCACCGUGCCCUGCUUCUCCACCGCGCAGCCCGAUUACAUGCUCAACGGGACAACCCUCGCCGUCCGGAAACUGGGCGAUGGGGCGUUUGACUUUGCCAUCAAGAUGCCCCUCACGCCCCCCCGAUGGAAGGAGUAUGAUGCUGAGCUCACUGCAGCAUGGAAGAACCUGUGUGAGGUGAUGGCAGACGCCAAGAAGAGCAAAGACGACAAGCUCGUGAAGACCGCCAUUCUGCGAGUCGUCUACUACUGGUACAACUUCUCUCCCCUGUCUCGGGGCUCAGCCAUGGCCGGCUAUUCCAGCUUGCUCGGUCUUUUCCUCGCCGCCGGCAAGGAGAUCACCGCCAAGCCGCCUCCUGACGUUCAGCUCGACUGGGAGGCCAUCUUGUCGCCGACACUGGAGGAGUUUAUAACGAGGAUAUCCAAGUGGCUAUUUGUGGGUGCAACCGACGGCUCGGAUUUCCACGAGCUCUUAGAUGUGCACGAGGCGUUCCCCACCGUCGGAUCGGCCAUCCGCAUGCUGUCCAAAUACUAG